GGGGCUACCACGGGCGGAGGAGGGGCAUUGAGUCAUAGCUUCUUACAAACAUGAUUUUAUUUCCUCGUCUUGUUUUCGUAUGAAUCAUUGUUCUGGCUUUCAAAUAGAACCAAUUUCUCCUUCAGUUUGCUAUUAGACAUCAUCUUUAUCACUAUCUCAUCCGAGAUAUCAUAUAUCACUCACUCAAAUCUCACUCACUCUUUACAUCAGCAUCAUAAUGGCUCCAACUAUUCACCUCGUUCGUCACGCUCAAGGCUUCCACAACCUCUCGAUCGAGAAUGAGCAAAUACAAGACCCAGAUUUGACUCCCCUUGGCGAGGAGCAAUGCGCUGCACUCCGCAAGGAGUUCCCUCACCAUGACAAGCUUACAAAGCUUUUUGCCUCACCUAUGCGCCGUACCGUGUAUACCUGUCUCCACGCCUUCGGAACUGAUGAGCUCAAGCCCAUCGUCGCACUUCCAGUGUUUCAGGAGGUCUCCGCCAACCCCUGCGAUACUGGUUCGCCUGUAGCCAAGGUCCAGGCUGAGUUUGAGGGAAUCGCCGACUACUCGAACGUAGAGGAGUCGUGGACUGAUAAGGGUCCUGAGAGCGAGUAUGAGCCUACGCUAGAGAAGCUGACGGCGCGUGGCCUCAAAGCCAGAAAAAUGUUGAGAGAUCGUGUUAGUGGCGACGAGCACAUUGUUGUCGUCUCCCAUGGAGGAUUCUUGCAUUUCUUGACAGAUGACUGGUACGGUGUGCCUGAAGGAAGAGCUACCGGUUGGUCAAACUGUGAAUAUCGGUCAUACCAGUUUGCCGACCUUACCAGCAAGGAUGAUGAUGCUGCACUCCUCGAGACUGAAGAGAGCUGGCAGCGACGCCAAGGAAAUACAAAGCCUCCUACUCUGACAGAGCUUCGACAGGUCAAAUCUGCUGCGCAGAAACAAAUGGCUCCUUACCUGAAUCUUAUAAUGCCAAACUAGAUGCCCGAAGACUCUGUUAUGACUGGCUGGGAUAGCGCAUGGAGAGAUUUCCUUUCAUAACCCAUAGCCCAUCGUCAGCCGGCCUGAAGGCUAAACAAGUAUAGCCUUGGUUCUCGGAAGGUUAAUCUCUGGCUUCUGCAUAUCUAAAGGCCAUUAGAGAAUUUCCGGCUGCUUCAGGGUAUAUUGAAUGUUUCUGGUGUCUGUACUCCUUCAUAGAGGAUCGCUAGGGUAAUUCUAGACAUACGAAUAGAAGACUUUAGAAGAACAAUAAUGAAAUUAGUUCUCCUGGUAAA